AUGCUUUCCUCCGAUGAUGUGGAUUUUUCCAAUGUCACCGACGCCUCGAACUUUCUCGGUGAUCUCCUCGAUGACACUGACUAUCAAGUGGAUGGCAAUGCCAGAGCCAGAUACUUCUGGUAUGGUAUCGCUGCCCUAAUCGCGGUGACUGCAAUCGGCAACCUCGCUUGGCGGCUCGACUUGAGGUCAAGGAAGUACCGAAGCCCAUGCAGUGAUGGUACUUCUCCUGGAAUCUUCGAUCGAGCCACGGCGGCUGCUAUGAGAUUAUUACGACGGGCGACAUACCUCCAAAUAACUCCGACUCGCAACGCAUUCUGGCUCAAAAUUCCACCCCUCGGUAUUGUCUACUUGAUCUUGGCCUAUAUCCUCUUUAUUUUGCUUCUUGAAUUUGUGGAUGAUCUCGGUGUUACCGACCCUACAUGGUGGACUCUCGUCGGCGUCCGCGCAGCAUGGCUUGCUAUGGCUCAGCUUCCGCUGAUUGUCCUGCUUGUCGGCAAGCACAGUCUCAUUAGUCUCUUGACUGGUGUUUCGUAUGAGAGACUCAACGUCUUCCACCGCUGGGUUGCACGUGGUAUGUUCCUUCUGCUCACGCUUCACGCUGGCUUCCUAGGAACGGCAUGGAAUCGUUACCCAGGCCUGCAAUCGCUCGAGUGGGAGACGGAUGAAGCUUUCCGCACCGGUGUUGCAGCCUAUGCGAUUGUGUUCUGGAUGAUCAUCUCAGCGCUCGCUCCUCUACGACACCUAUCAUGGGAAUUCUUCGUCGUUCAGCACAUCAUCACCUUCUUGGGGCUUAUCAUUGCGAUUGGAAUGCAUAUUCCUGGCAGUGCCAAGUACGCGCGCGUCUGGAUCUAUGUUGCGGUCGCUCUGUACCUGGUCGAGCGUUUGGUCUACUUUGUUCGUUUGACUUUCACCAACUCCGGCCGCAGCAGGGUUGCUCUCGAACCUCUGGAGGGAGACGUCACCAAGAUGCGUGUGACAAAUCCCCGUAUCAGAUCAUGGGCACCGGGGUCACACGUCAUGGUUGGAAUUCCGCGUUUCGGGUUCAUUCAGUCGCAUCCUGCCACUAUCAUGUCCAUUCCAAGCUCUCACAAUGGAGAGAUGGUCUUGUUGCUCCGAGCCUACAAGGGCUUCACCAAGCGCAUCUACGAGAACGAGCACGGAAAGCUCAAGGAGUCUGGGGACGGAUCAAGUCAAGAACGACAGCCCAGAAGCGAUAUGAAACAAUAUGCUGCUGUGAUCAAUGGACCUUACGGCGCUUCCCAUGCUGAGUUUGUGUCUUUUGAGAAUGUCAUUCUCAUUGCCGGUGCCACGGGAGUAACUUUCACACUCUCCAUCUUGCUUGACCUCGCUCACCGAGCUGCCCUCGCAGCUGAAAAGGGCGAUAAGCCGUACCCUGUGCGCAAGCUCAUAUUUGUUUGGUUGAUUCGCAAAGCCGUUUGCGUCGAAUGGAUCUCAGAAGAGCUGCGUCAAGCAGCAAGCGAUCUCGAAAAAGCGGGCAUAUCGUUCGAAUUGCAAGUAUAUGUGACGAGAUCCGACAGCGAAGAAGCAACUCUAAGCAAUAGUCCUGCCUUGGCUCCUCUGGAUUCCACCAAAGAGGCGACUGAGAAACACUAUGUGUCGAACACGUAUCACAGUAUUCCUGGGCUGUCUUUGGAUUCUGGACGUCCUACAUGGAAGGACCUUUUGCACGGAGUUCUGUCCGAAGCUCAAGGCGAGAGUGGUGUCGGUGUUUGUGGUCCUUUGAGUCUGUCAGUCGAGGUUCGAAAGGAGGUCGUCUCAUUGAGUGCCGACCGAGCUCGGCGUAUCUACAUGCAUGUCGAAAGCUUCUCUUAG